UUGUUUCGACAUCACAGUUCGCUCAGGACUCGGCGGGACAAGAUCGCAACAGGUCUUCGAGAUCGUUUAGUUUCAAGGGUGACCGUCAUGGAGUAUUCGGAGGAGGUCUGCAAGGCGCCAAUGGACUCUUCGUCGAGCUCGUCAAUCUCAAGUGGUCAACCGCCAAAGAAGCGUAAAUACGACAGUAAUGAGGUCAACGUGAUGUUCAGGAUGAGGUACAACAACAUGGAGAACCAGUACAUGUACGAUCAUCAGCGAUCGCACGCCAUUCAAAAGGCCGAUCAAUCUCCCAGCUAUCCGACGACCUCCAGCUCCGGAACCGAUCAGCGGACACCUUCGCCGGACUUUGCUCCGAGUGCCAGCCACACUUCGUCACCACUUCCCGCACUCCUGACCAAGCCGGAACACAACUACGCCGUGUCUUCGUCGGCUUCGUCGUCAACGGACACAGCACCGUCGAAUGAUGAAGGUCAGCGUCGGCUGAUGCCGAGUCGUGCCGCGUCCGAUUCGGGCAACUCGACCAUGUCCGACGAGAUCAACCCGCUGUGCAUGACGGAUUGGUAUCGGGAUUUGCUGAAGCCGGAAUACGCGCAGCGGUUGAGCACCCAACUCGACAUCAUUACCAACCGGUCGGACUUUGUCAAAAACAAGAUCCUGACGGCGAGGAUCGCCGAGCUGCCAGAGUCCUUCGAUUACUACCCGAACAAGUCCCGCCUGCGCAAGCAGUACGUCGACCCGGAUGAGGCCGCCGAACGCGAACGGAACAACCUGGCCUCGCGCCGCUCUCGCUUCAAGAAGAAGCGCGCCCAGCUAAUCCUGAACAUGCACCUAGAGUACGACCGCACCGAAAACGCUCACCUGUACGCGAUGCAAAGCUGGAUCGGCAAGAUCAUCUUCCAGCUCGAGACGCAGUGGCUGGAGCGGGGCGCGACGGCCGAGCAGAUGUGCCAGCUGCGCCGGGACUGCGGCUUCCCGCAGACCCCACCCGGAGCGUUUCGGUUGAUCUAGUCUCUCAAAACCCUCUCUUUUAAUAUGUGAUCUAGUGUACAAAUCUCAAGUCAACAGCUUCUGUAUUUGCAUGAUAAUUGUAAAAUAUACAACGAAAAUUACUUUAAAAACAAAAA